AUGUCUACUGCUGAGCUUGCGACGUCCUACGCGGCGCUGAUCCUCGCCGACGAUGGCGUUGAGAUCACGGCCGACAAGCUGCAGACCCUGAUCAAGGCUGCCACCGUUGAGGUCGAGCCGAUUUGGACACAGCUCUUUGCCAAGGCACUUGAGGGCAAGGACGUGAAGGACCUGCUCUCCAACGUCGGCUCCGGUGGCGGCGGUGCUGCCCCGGCUGCUGCUGCUGGCGCCUCUGGCGCUGCCGCCGCAGAGGAGGUUGUCGAGGAGAAGGAGGAGGAGAAGGAGGAGUCCGACGACGACAUGGGAUUCGGGCUGUUCGACUAA